AUGUUUCAUGGCAGUUCAACGUUCUCAAAGCCUACCACGAAGGGCUCACUGCUGUCCUCACGUUCAGCUACCACUAAACGUGACUCCCUAAUGGCAGAGCUUGAACGGGAGAAACCUGACCCCAAGCAAAUUGCAGAUCCACAGCAUUCAACUGCAAAGCGCCAGCAGCGCUCUAAUGCGUUUACCUCCCACAUGGCAAACGCCUCUCUCGAACGCCAGCUACUCGCCGCACAGGCCAGUAAAACCGAGCUCGAGGCCAAACUCCGUGAAAAAGAUACCACGGUCGAGAGGCUGGAAAGAGAUAGAAGGUGGUUUGCGGAGAGAGAGGAGAAGGAGCGCGAAGAAAAACUGCAGGAGCAGUCGGAGAGAGAGGAGGAACAGCGCAAGGCAGAUUUAGAACUUCGACAACUACGCAGUUCCCUCGCUGCCGUUCGAGAGAACCUUGCGGAACUCGAGGACAAACACUCAAACCUUUCUCGCAGCCACUCACAAUCAGUUGCUUCUCACAAGUCGCAGUCUUCAGUUCUUGCUCGCCAAAACGCAGAGUUGGAGAAAGAAGUUGGAGACCUUAAAGCUAUCGCGGAGGAACGAGGCGAUGCAAUACAGAAUUUACAACAACAGUUGGACGAUGCUCAUGCUACCACCAACUCUUCUGCGAGAAGUUCCAAUGAAAACGAGAAUUGGAGUGUUGUGCGAGACGAAUUACAGCGGCAAGCAGGAUACCUCCGUUCUCUUGAGUCGAAUAACGCAAAACUCACCACUGAACUUGCACGGUACAAAGACCGGCACGCCAGUUUAGAAGUCCUUCGAGAAGAGAAACGUACUUUAGAAAGCAAGGUGGCUAUCAUGGAAGGGCUUCGAGAGAAAGUCGCCAAACUAGAGGCUCAAGUCGAAGCUGCUCGGCAAGAACGGAAAGACUGGCAAGGCAAGCAAAACCAGCGAAUCCAAUACAUCGUCACAAACUUCCAUCUCCUUGGUGCAAAAUCUAAUGCACGAAUGAUGGAGGAACAUGGUGCAAACAUGGCACUCCUUCGCCGCCGCGAGGCCGAGCUGUCUAACGUUGAUAAGAUAGCGUCCGAAGCUCGGGAGGCUGUGGAUGCCCUACAAGCAGAGGUGCAAACACUGAAAGAAAAGGUGGUAAGACGGGAACAACGAGCUCAGCUGGCAGAACGAGAAGCCAGGUUCCUCCAAGCCCUCGUCGCCAGCUUCACUUCAGAGGAGUCAGCUGCACGCGAGUCACCAGCUGUGGACGGCCUUUCUCAGCAGCGGAUCCAGCAUCUUGAGCAGUCUAUAGCUGACUACAAAUCCGAAAAUUCUCGGUUACAGCGUACACUGGAUGCUGUCGAGGCUGAUAAUGCCAUAGGAGGGCCGAAACGCACACGCAAGGAUCUCGUUCAGGAAAUCGACGCACAGAAAGCCGCAGCGGACGAAGCAACGAAAGGUCUGCAAGAAGCGCAAAAAGAUCUGACACGGCAGAAAGACAAUAUCGAAAUACUCGAACAAACACUGUUUGAGCUUCGUGGCGAAAUCGGCGCGGGGAACCACGUCCCACCAGGCAUGCGUGUGCUGUGUCUGCGCGACAAUCCAGCUCAGCAGUGGACUGAUCUACGACAGUCAGUGAUGGACCGUCUGAAGAGCGAAAACGAAGCGCUCAUCAAGCGCUUGCGUGAGCUUGAGAGCAGCGGAGCGGUGGUAGACGAGGGCAGGGUUCCGCGCAAUGAUUUGGUUCCCAGGGAAAGUUGGGACGUGCUCGAUAAGGAAAAGAAGGACCUCGAGGAAGUGGUAAAGCAGAAAGAGAAGAGACUCUUGCGCUUACAGCAGGUGUUUACCGCGAAGAGUGCCGAGUUCCGAGAAGCCAUAGCGUCCAUACUAGGACUGAAGCUCGCGUUUUACCCCAAUGGGCAAGUCCGCGUGACGUCGAUCUACGAUCUUUCUGCGUCAUUUGUGUUCCAGCCUUUGACGAAGCCCGGCGAGAAUGGAGAAGGAGCGAGAAUGCAACUCAUUGCGCAAGGCGAAGGCGGUCCGCAAGAUCUCCCGCAACUGAUGCGAUUCUGGGUGAAUGAGGAGCAAUGUAUACCCGGGUUUCUGGCGAGUGUGACUUUGGAGUGCUAUGACAAGUCGAAGAGAGAGGCCGGUACCGAGUCGUAG